AUGGUUCCACAGAAAACAGUUAAAAUACAAGUAACAAACCCAUCUAGAUCAAAUACUGAUAUUUCAAUCGAACCAUCUCAGCAACCCCAACAGUCCCAAAUAUUAGAACAAGCUUCGCCACAAUUUACCGAAAAACCGUAUCCGUCAACUUCAUAUCCAUAUCGCAUAAAAAAAAUAAAAAAAUUCUGCAAAAAAACUUGCAACUGUUCUCGCCUAGUUCUCUGUUUCCUUUUUCUUCUAAUAGUUGCCACUAUCAUAAUUAUAGUCCUUCUAUUACGAAAAAACCCUUUCAUAUUUGUGCGCCCACAUUGUAAAUCCCAAUUCGGCGAUCCUUCCUUAAACGCCACUUUUGACAUUUUAGGGCAACUCGAAACAGGCCUGCCUUCCGACACCGAUCCUGUUGAAUUGUAUUCAUACGUUGGUUCUCUAAGUUGCAUAGGAAGAUAUCAAUUCACCGAACCAAUUUUGUUAAAUUUAGGGUACUACAAUCCAUUACCUGGUGAUGACUAUUACAAAAAUGGGUCAGAUAAAAAUUUGUGGAAGGGCACGUGGACCGGAAAAAAUGGAUGUUACAGUUACCAAGAUUUUUUAAAAAACAAACAGGACGUUCAGGAACACGCUAUUAGAGAAGCAUUUCAACUAAAUCUUGCAGUUAUCAAUCAAACACUUAAUUCAAACUUCUCGUUUUUGGAACAACCUUUCAAAUUUACAGGUGGAUGCAAUGUUCCAAUAAAUGGAGAAGUAGUUACGAAUGUUACAAUGGCCGGUAUAUUGGCAUCUGCGCACUUAAUCGAUGCAGUGAAGGUCGCAAAUGCUUUUUUAAAUGCAACGGCACAAUGUGAUGAUAUUAAAAAAGAGAGUAUAACGAUGUUCUUAUCGGACUUUAAUGAAUGUGAUUUCAGUAAAGAAAAUAUUGAUGCGGCAGUUUCUGCUUUUGAUAAAUAA